AUGUCCUCCAAGAUCGAGACAGUUGUCUCGAUGCCACGCUCGGCUGAAUACUCGGCUGGACUCCAGGUGGUUGUGUGUAGCCUUCCUCGAACCGGAACAACUUCCAUAAAGCUGGCUUUAGAGAGAUUGGGUUACCGCAAUGUUUACCACAUGAGCACGUUUAUCAAUCAUACGGAAGAUUACAGGUAUUGGGACUAUGUCAUCAGGGCAAAGAUUUCUGGUAAACACAUUUCUCGUUCAGUUUGGGACAGCUUGUUUCGAGAUUAUCAGGCGGUAGUUGAUGCACCGGGUUGUUACUUUUCUGUCGAGCUCGCCGAAGCAUACCCCGACGCAAAAGUCGUCAUUCUCGGCCGAGACAGCGAGAAGUGGUACAACUCCUUCGCUCAAACUGUACAGGAAAUGAUAAAGCGCCGAGAGUCUCUAGAAGUUCUGGAAUGGGCCCUUCGCCCAUGCAUGCCCACGCAAGCGUCUGCCAUUAUCCGCAUGGGAAAUCUCUUAUCACGGUCAGGGGUCGGGCUCGGCUCGUACGAUAAGGAAGAGUGUCUGAAAUACUUCCACAGGUACUAUGCGGAUUGCAGAUCCAAAAUAGCGCCGGGGCGUUGUAUCGAUUACAAGGUGCAAGAUGGUUGGUCGCCUCUUUGCAAGCAUCUCGGAGUCUGUGUACCGAGAUACCAAACCUCGAACGCGUGGGUUGAAUUACCUUUCCCACGAGCCAAUGAUACAGAGGCUUUCCACUUCUGGGUGAAUCAACUGCAAUACACGAUGUUAAGACAAUUUUGGAGAAACGUGAUAUUGUACGGGCUUGUUUUAUUUGGAACCAUUCUUCUCUGUAUGCGGUUGAUACACUUUUCCAAACUGAAUGGAUAUACCCUGGAUGACUAG